AUGGAUGCAGUCUCUGUGCUGACUCAGGUCAUUCAGACGAGCAUGCUGAAGGAGUUUCCAGCCAAAGAAGCAAAGGCCUUAAUUGGCUUUGAAGUUGGUAGAAUGGUCCUGCAACGCUUGCCGACCGUGAUUCCUGGUGGAUUCAUCAAUCCCUUGGCGAAUGUGUAUUUGGCCACCAGCGCGUAUAUUGCUCUGCAGAAAGCAACACGACCCAAACCUGGCUUGGCUGGAGCUCCUCCGUGGAUUCGUGACAUUCUGGCAGACCACUCACGCUUUUCUUUGAAAAGGCCCUACUCGUACACUGGGACCACAGCCGAGCUGGCUGCCUUUGGGACGAUCCUGCGGCGGCUGGUACCUGGCCUGCUUCAGCUCCCUCUUUUUGCUGGGCUGCAGGAGAAUCACCAAACCUUCGAAAAGGCACUAGAGCAUCAGGCACCAUUGAAGCUGCGAUGGAGAGAAGAAAAAGAGAGGCCUAUGCAUGACUUGGCUGACAGCUUUCUGCUGGUGAACACGAUGAGAAUUCUCAGCGGAAGCCGAGGAAGAUCAUUCGUGUUGACCCUUGACCGUGCUGCUGCCCUGGCCGCUGGUGAUGCGAAGGCGGCUGCGAGUGCACUUCUGCGAGCUCGUCGGCUCAUCCCACGCUUGGCAAAGGCAGACUUGGAUGAGACCUUAGCAUCCUUCGUCGAAUCUGCUCAUGACAAUGCAUGGAACUUCCGGCAAGAAGCACUGCUCCACAACCCACGUGAGCCACCACCCGCAGUGCGGGUGGCGGAACUGCUGCGCUGGGCCAAAACGGACUCUGGGAAGCGGCUGCUAGCCUUGGCAGACAUCAGAAGACAUGGAGUAUCUGGAGUCCAAUGGCCAGGGAAUGAAGAGCUGUGGAGACCAUCAGCUGGAUACACUGCCGUUGGAGGUCUUUUGCUCCUUCCUUUGCUGACUCCAAUUGAUGCAGUGCGCUGGGCGUCAUGGUGCACAAUGAGCCUCACAGUCUUUGGACUGAUGCUACCAAUGCUGCAUUUGCUGGGAGCACCUUCGUUGCCAGCACCUGCCUUCCUCAGCCUCGGCAGUCUUCUUCUGUACUGCUUGAUUGCUGGUAGCAUAUGGUGGAACCAUUUGCUGGGUGGUGCGCGACGCUGGGCGAUACUCAGCGGCCAGUUGGCUUCUCAACUGGUUGACCAGGCAGAUGCUGCAGCUGGUAUUGCGUUCCUGACCCGGGAUUGGGCAGAAAUGGCCCGAAGAUCUCUGGUGGCCCUGGACCAGGACGCUAGAUUUUGCCUUUUCUGUUGCUCCUUUCACAAACGUGCAGUGUUAGAUCUCUGUUAG